CAUGUCUGCCGAAGAAGAAGUCAUCAUGGAAACUCAAGAAGUUGAAGUUGCUGCUGAAGCCCCCAAGGGACAAAUGUCUGUUGAAGAAGCUCUUCAAGAAGUUUUGCGUCGUGCUUUGGUUCACGAUGGUCUUGCUCGUGGUUUGAAGCAAGCUGUCAAGGCUUUGGACAGACGUCAAGCUCAUUUGGCUGUUCUCGUUGAAUCUUGCACUGAAGGUGAAUACCUCAAGUUGGUUGAAGCUUUGUGUGCUGAACACAACAUCAGUUUGAUCAAGGUCUCUGAUGCUAAGAAGCUUGGUGAAUGGGCUGGUCUCUGCAAGAUUGACCGUGAAGGUAAUGCCCGUAAGGUCGUUGGUUGCUCUUGUGUUGCUGUCACUGACUUUGGAGAAGAAUCUGAAGCCAUGAAUAUUUUGUUGGACUACUUCAAGACUCAAUAA